AUCCCUUCCUUUGGCACUGACAUUGGCUUCACGGGCUCCUUUUGCCCAGAUUUAAUGAUUACGUUCUGAGUAAUGAUUAAUCCCGCCUUUGGAAAAGCAAAAGGUGUGUUUGCAUUCAUAUCUCUCUUUUGCUCUCGCUCUCGGCCACAAAGGAGAGGGAGGAGAAAUUCCCUUGUAUUUAAUCUUCGGGGCUUGGAAAUCCCACAGGAAACACAAGCCGCAACCAUUGAAAGCCAUGGAGAAGUCAGAGGCAGGAAAGGAAGUGUAGCAAGGAAGCCUGUAUCGUGUGUGUGUGACAACAGCCGGAAGCCUCAGAGAGAAGAAACAACAAUCCCAGCCUGAAUUAUUUAUGCCUUGAGCGAAAGGCAAGACUCAACUUGGACCUUGUUGGGCAUCCUUCAAGGGGGAGUCGCAUCUCGCGGCUUCUGGACACAGGAUCCCUCUGGCCGCUUGACCCUCAGUUUGAGUGGUCAGUUGGCAAACAGCCAGGUCUUUCGGGUUGAUUAUGUAUGGCGAAGCGAACCCUGCCGACUUUGGCUCCCGCUCCUUCUACGCGGAGGAGGCCCCGCCACAACCCUUCUACAAGUGGGGCUCCCCUCCAGGCUUGGUCCGGAUCCUGGAGGGCGUGGGGCUGGUCCUCUGCUUGACCAUCUUCGCUUGCGCAGCCUCCACCUUGGCCUGGGACUACGGCGGCUACGGCGGCUACAACAUGGGCUAUGGCAACACCUACUAUGGCGGAGGCAUGGGCUACUCCGGGGGUGGCCUGGGCUACUACGGCGGAGGCAUGGGCUACUACGGGGCCACGCUGACCCCACGCUCGGCCAACGGCUUCAUGGUGGCCAUGUCGGCACUGUGCUUCCUGGGCCUGCUGGGCCUGGCCGGGGCUGGCUUGACACGCUCACCUGGCUGCCGCUCGCGCCGCUUCUUCUUGGUGACACUUGUGCUGUGCGCCCUUCUGGCCGUGGCCAUGGCAGUGGCCUCCGUGGUUUACGUGGUUGGGGUGAACCCACGCUCCCAGAUGUACGGUAGCAGCGGAUAUUACUAUGGCGGAGGCAUCAACCCCAUGCUGGCCAUGUGCAACCAGGCCUAUGGCGCCGGCGGAUACAUGAACCAGUACCUCUACCACUACUGUGUGGUCGACCCCCAGGAGGCCAUUGCCAUUGUCUGUGGCUUCCUGCUGGUCAUCCUGCUCUGUGUCAUCUGCUUCUUCGCCCAUAAAACUCGGCAGAAGAUCUGGAGAUACGGGAAGCCCAACAUUUAUUGGGACCGUCCCUCGGCCUACCAGGAGGGCCCCAAUGUGGAGGAGUGGGUGAAGAAUGUGAAUGGCGUGAGCACCACCCAUGAUGAGACAGCCACCUUGGCCUAUUCAGAGAAGCCCACCAGCCCUUCCCAUGCGCCAGCCAGCCCUGCUUAUGGCGACUACGCUCAGGAAUCACCCAGCAGCCCCUUCUUCCCCAGCAAACCCAUCCAUAGCACCAGCACCAGCCUCUUGGAGGAGAGGCCCAGCGCCAGUGGACCCUCGGCCCGGAAAGGGAGGCGGCGGCGGUGGAGGAGGAGCCCCGAGACAAUGGAAGAGUCGCAGUACGAGACCGAUUGCACCACCGCCCCAGAGUCCGGAGAGGAGCGGGACCCAGACCAAUGGAACAGCCUGUACCCAGCCAUCACCUCGGACGGCACCCGGCAGAGUUACAAGCAGGAGUUUGACACGGACCUCAAGCGCUACAAGCAGCUCUGCGCUGAGAUGGACAGCAUCAAGGACCAGAUCAAGCAGCUCAGCAAGGAGCUGGACCUCCUGGAGGAAGGCAGCCUACAGUAUCAGGGAGUUGCUGAAGAAUACAACCGCCUGAAGGAUUUGAAGCGUACACCUGACUACCAGACCAAGAAGAUGGAGAGCAGGUCUUUGCGGAAGAAGCUCUUCCACAUCAAGCGGAUGGUCAGCGAAUAUGACAAGCGCCAGGGGUGA